AUGAGUCUAACGUAUUUCAUUGUCGAUGCUAUCAAGGUCGGGUAUAUUACGUGGGUUUCCGUAAUACUAAUAAGACUAAUAAUCACUUUCAUAUCCUCCUUUUCUUUUAUUAAGCAGCACCGACCCCCGUCAAGCAACAGCACACAAUAUAUUCUGGUCAAUAGAGCGGUUGCAAGCUUUGGGUUCCUCCAAGAGAAUAAGUUGCAGAACCGACUCGUAUCACGAGCCAUACCCAAUGGAAGACUGGUAAAUGUGUUUGGGGUCGACAACGCAUUUACAACUACAAGUGUAAUCACCUACCGGAGAUUCAUACAAAGGGUCGGACCUGGAUUACGAAACAAGAAUCCCGAGAAGUGGCAUAAAUUUUUCAAUUCUGCCUCUACGACACUUGAUCUUAUUCUAACCGACUUUCGAGGCGUAAGGUACUCGCUGCCCGUAGCUAUUAUUGCUAGACAACUUGUGUUCGUUUCGACCCUACAUUCAUUCUUUAACGUGGACCCUAAGGACGUCAAUCUUAGCGACGUAGGAGUCGCCACUGAAUUAAUCAAUAUCCUCUGGGUACAGUCGAAAACGGAACCGCAACCGGACUCAUUGCGAGAAGGACGGAUCUUCCUCGAAGUAGCACUACAACGAAUACUUCCAGAUAAGUUCCCUUGUAGCGCUCAAGAUCACCCUCUGAAUAUCAUCAUUCCGGCCUAUGAGACGAUGUGGCGCGUUGUUUUAUUGACAUUCAUAUCCGCCGGGUUCCGGGACGUAGACCGGGAGACAGGAGAGCAGUUCCGAAAAGUUCUCGAGUGUGUACCAAAAUGUUUUAAGGGCGGGAAAUCAAAAGAUAUGAGGACGAUGGCAGUAAACUUUUCCAAGGAGGGUCUUCGCUUAUAUCCCCCAACGAAAAGUAUUUAUCGCGCCGUCCCUACGGAACCUCAGGAUUCUGACUUCGUCACAUAUGACGAACAAAUCAUCGCCGAUAUCCAAGAAUGCCAUCGAGAUCCCAAUAUCUGGAUAAACCCUACUCAAUUCCGGCCGUCACGGUUCCUCCCGGGAGAAUUCACGGACGCCAUGAAAAACGCAUACUUACCAUUUAGCAUCGCGCCGCACCGCUGCCCGGCCGCUGACACAUUUGCUCCCCACGCCAUUAUCGUCCUUGUGGUCGUACUGGCAAAGGGCCUGGGCACACUGGAGUCAGGCGCGAACGUGCGGUUUGGAGAUGCCAGGCUAGACGGCGAUACGAGUGCGCUGUUGCCGUCUGGAAGAUUGGAUAUGGAGAAUUGGGAGCUGGAGAUGAAUGAUGCCGUCUGA